CGCUGGGAAGCAAAGUAACUCCGGAGUAAGAGGAGCUGCCGCUUGCUUCGCGAGGGCCGGCGUGCACCGCCCCGGGGGCGGCGGACGAACGGGACGGGACUGGACGGGACGGGAGCUCCGCCCGCGCCAGCCCCGGCCCCGGCCCCGGCCCCAGCCCCAGCCCCAGCCCCAAAACUUCUGCAAAGUCGGCCAUGGAGCCGGGCGCCCGCCUGCUGCCGCCGCCGCUGCUAGCCGCGCUCGCCCUGCUCGCCGCCUCCCCGGCCCGCGCCCAGCUCUCCGCAGGGGGAUGCACUUUUGAUGAUGGUCCUGGUCCCUGUGAUUACCAUCAAGACUUAUAUGAUGACUUCGAUUGGGUGCAUGUCAGUGCACAAGAGCCUCACUAUUUGCCACCUGAGAUGCCUCAAGGAUCAUACAUGAUAGUGGAUUCUUCAGAUCACGAUUUGGGAGAAAAGACUAGACUCCAGCUUCCUACCAUGAAGGAAAAUGAUACACACUGCAUUGAUUUCAGUUACCUUUUAUAUAGUAAGAAUGGAGCAAACCCUGGAACCUUGAACAUCUUAGUUAGGGUGAACAAGGGACCUCUUGCUAAUCCAAUUUGGAAUGUGACGGGUUUUACUGGAAAAGACUGGCUUAGAGCAGAGCUGGCUGUCAGUACCUUUUGGCCAAAUGAAUAUCAGGUAAUAUUUGAAGCUGAAGUCUCAGAUGGGAGAAGUGGCUACAUUGCCAUUGAUGACAUCCAGGUUCUGAGUUACCCUUGUGACAAAUCUCCACAUUUCUUGAGGCUGGGGGAUGUAGAGGUCAAUGCGGGGCAGAAUGCUACAUUUCAAUGCAUUGCUACGGGGAGAGAUGCAGUGAAUAACAAAUUAUGGCUGCAGAGGAGAAAUGGAGAAGAUAUCCCUGUUGCCCAGACUAAAAAUAUCAAUCACAGAAGAUUUGCUGCUACGUUUAAGUUGCAAGAAGUGACGAAAACUGAUCAGGAUUUAUACCGCUGUGUAACUCAGUCAGAGAGAGGCUCUGGAGUAUCCAAUUUUGCUCAACUUAUUGUUCGAGAACCACCUCGACCAAUAGCACCUCCCCAGUUACUUGGUGUUGGGCCAACAUACUUGCUGAUCCAACUGAAUGCUAAUUCCAUAAUUGGUGAUGGACCUAUUAUUUUGAAAGAAGUGGAAUAUCGAAUGACAUCUGGAACUUGGACAGAAACCCAUGCUGUCAAUGCACCAACUUAUAAGCUAUGGCACUUGGACCCAGAUACUGAAUAUGAGAUUCGUGUUCUCCUCACCAGGCCUGGAGAAGGUGGAACUGGUCAGCCAGGCCCACCACUUAUUACCAGAACCAAAUGUGCAGAGCCCAUGAGAACACCAAAAACACUGAAGAUUGCUGAGAUCCAGGCAAGACACAUUGCAGUGGAUUGGGAAUCUCUGGGUUACAAUAUUACUCGUUGCCACACGUUCAAUGUCACUAUUUGCUACCAUUACUUCCGUGGACACAAUGAGAACAAAGCAGACUGCUUGGAUAUGGACCCCAAAGCACCCCAGCAUGUUGUGGAUCAUCUGCCUCCUUACACAAAUGUCAGCCUCAAAAUGAUCCUAACCAAUCCUGAAGGGAGAAAGGAGAGCGAGGAGACUAUUAUUCAAACAGAUGAAGACGUGCCUGGCUCUAUACCUGCAAAAUCAGUAAAAGGAACCCCCUUUGAAGACAAGAUCUUCCUUAACUGGAAAGAACCUUUGGAUUCAAAUGGCAUCAUCACACAAUAUGAGGUCAGCUAUAGCAGUAUACGGUCAUUUGAUCCUGCAGUUCCAGUGGCAGGACCUCCACAGACUGUUUCAAAGCUGUGGAACAGUACCCACCAUGUCUUUUCACAUCUGCAUCCUGGUACCACCUACCAGUUCUUUAUACGUGCCAGCACAGUCAAAGGGUUUGGGCCGGCAACCACAAUCAACGUAACAACCAACAUCUCAGCUCCCACUUUACCGGACUAUGAAGGAGUUGAUGCAUCUCUCAAUGAAACAGCUACUACUAUAACUGUAUUGUUGAGACCAGCGCAGGCCAAAGGUGCUCCUAUCAGUGCCUACCAGAUUGUUGUUGAGGAGCUGCAUCCACACCGAACAAAGCGAGAAACGGGCACAAUGGAAUGCUACCAAAUCCCUGUCACGUACCAAAGUGCUUUAAGUGGAGGCUCCCCGUACUACUUUGCUGCUGAAUUGCCCCCUGGUAACCUGCCUGAACCAGCCCCUUUCACUGUUGGUGACAACAGAACUUACCAGGGCUUUUGGAACCCACCCCUUGCUCCUCGGAAAGGCUACAAUAUCUAUUUCCAAGCCAUGAGCAGUGUUGAGAAGGAAACUAAAACUCAGUGUGUUCGAAUAGCUACGAAAGCAGCAGCAACAGAGGAACCAGAAGUGAUUCCAGAUCCAGCCAAGCAGACAGACCGAGUGGUGAAAAUAGCAGGAAUAAGUGCUGGAAUUCUGGUAUUCAUCCUCCUCCUCCUAGUUGUCAUACUAAUUGUCAAAAAAAGCAAGCUUGCUAAGAAACGAAAAGAUGCCAUGGGGAACACCAGGCAAGAGAUGACACACAUGGUGAAUGCUAUGGAUAGGAGUUAUGCUGAUCAGAGCACCCUUCAUGCAGAGGAUCCUCUUUCAAUCACAUUCAUGGACUCUCAUAACUUUAGUCCAAGAUCGCCCAAUGAUCCGCUUGUGCCGACUGCUGUGUUAGAUGAGAAUCACAGUGCGACAGCAGAAUCUAGUCAUCUGCUAGAUGUUCCCCGCUACUUAUGUGAAGGAACAGAGUCCCCAUACCAGACUGGACAGCUGCACCCAGCUAUCAGAGUAGCUGAUUUGCUGCAACAUAUUAACCUAAUGAAGACAUCUGACAGUUAUGGUUUUAAAGAGGAAUAUGAGAGUUUCUUUGAGGGGCAGUCAGCUUCUUGGGAUGUUGCUAAAAAAGAUCAAAACAGAACAAAGAACCGAUAUGGAAACAUUAUUGCAUAUGACCACUCCAGAGUGAUUUUGCAACCUGUUGAGGAUGAUCCUUCUUCAGAUUACAUUAAUGCCAACUACAUAGAUGGAUAUCAGAGACCAAGUCACUAUAUUGCAACCCAAGGUCCAGUCCAUGAAACAGUAUAUGAUUUCUGGAGGAUGAUAUGGCAGGAGCAAUCGGCUUGUGUUGUGAUGGUUACAAAUUUAGUUGAAGUUGGGCGGGUCAAGUGCUACAAGUACUGGCCUGAUGACACUGAAGUUUAUGGUGACUUCAAAGUUACUUGUAUAGAAAUGGAACCACUUGCAGAAUACGUAGUCAGGACAUUCACCCUUGAAAGGAGAGGUUACAAUGAAAUCCGUGAAGUUAAGCAGUUCCACUUCACUGGAUGGCCAGAUCAUGGAGUGCCUUACAAUGCUACAGGCCUUCUUUCAUUUAUACGCCGAGUCAAAUUAUCUAAUCCUCCUAGUGCUGGGCCUAUUGUUGUACAUUGCAGUGCUGGCGCUGGACGAACAGGCUGUUACAUUGUGAUCGAUAUCAUGUUAGACAUGGCAGAAAGGGAAGGUGUUGUGGACAUCUACAAUUGUGUCAAAGCAUUACGGUCACGUCGCAUCAAUAUGGUCCAGACAGAGGAGCAGUACAUCUUUAUUCAUGAUGCCAUUCUAGAAGCCUGCUUGUGUGGAGAAACUGCCAUCCCUGUCUGUGAAUUCAAAGCUGCAUAUUUUGAUAUGAUUAGAAUAGACUCUCAAACAAACUCUUCACAUCUCAAAGAUGAAUUCCAGACUCUGAAUUCUGUGACCCCUCGGCUGCAAGCUGAAGACUGCAGUAUAGCCUGCUUGCCAAGGAAUCAUGACAAGAAUCGCUUCAUGGAUACGCUGCCACCUGACAGAUGUCUGCCUUUCUUAAUUACUAUUGAUGGAGAGAGCAGCAACUAUAUCAAUGCUGCUCUUAUGGACAGCUACAGGCAACCAGCUGCUUUCAUAGUUACACAACAUCCUUUGCCAAACACUGUGAAAGAUUUCUGGAGAUUAGUGUAUGACUAUGGCUGCACCUCUCUUGUGAUGCUGAAUGAAGUUGACUUAGCACAGGGCUGCCCACAAUAUUGGCCUGAAGAAGGAAUGCUGAGAUAUGGUCCUAUUCAAGUAGAAUGCAUGUCUUGUACAAUGGAUUGUGAUGUGAUAAACAGAAUUUUCAGGAUAUGCAAUCUAACAAGACCCCAGGAAGGCUAUCUGAUGGUGCAGCAAUUCCAAUAUUUGGGAUGGACUUCUCACAGAGAUGUACCAGCUUCCAAACGUUCAUUCUUGAAGCUAAUUCUCCAGGUUGAAAAAUGGCAAGAGGAAUGUGAAGAAGGGGAGGGCCGGAUGAUCAUUCACUGUCUGAACGGUGGUGGUCGAAGUGGGAUGUUCUGUGCCAUAGGCAUAGUUGUUGAAAUGGUCAAAAGGCAAAGUGUGGUUGAUGUUUUCCACGCAGUAAAGACUUUACGGAACAGUAAGCCAAACAUGGUAGAAACCCCGGAGCAAUAUCGUUUCUGCUAUGAUGUCGCUUUGGAGUAUCUUGAAUCAUCUUAGUUGGAACAGAUGCAACAAAGUGCACCAAGUGUACGAAGCCCAAUAAACUGUUUAAACAACAGUUCUUGAACCUGUGAAGAAACAUUUUAGUGAGAGGGACUUUUAAAUUUUAAAUGCAAAAGUAUUUUUCUUAUGAAGUUGUGUAUCUUAUUAGAAGAACUCAGUCUGUUUCUAUGCCUAUAUACAGUAUCAACAUUUAGUGCCACAUAAAUAAAUUCAAUGAAAACCAGAGUCAGAAGAGAUUUGCUUAAAUUUUGACUUUUCCGUGUUUGUAUAUGUGGCAGUCUCACUUACAGUAGAGCCACCAUCUGUUGCAUGUAUGAAUAUAUAGUAUUAAUUUUCCCUUUCUUUCUUUUGAUAAAUUGUUAAAGUAAAAUCACAGUGCAGAAUGGUAGUAAAAUUCAUUCUUUAUACGUUUCAAGUGUUGCAAAUAUAUAUAUAAAUGGCUUAUUUUGUUUGAAUGUGCAAUGAUGGCUGGAUCACAAAGUUCUUUAUAGAGAAAUUUAAACAUAAGCCAAAGACUCAAGUGUAAAUAUGUCUAUAUGGAGAAAGCACAUUGUAUUUAUUGUUUACUUGCAUUCCUUUUUCGAUGGCUGGAAAAACAAUAAUUUUUCUUGGAGAAAGCUUUUUUUUGCUGAAAUCAAGUGUAAACGAUUUUUGUAGUUUAUUUUUUGUAUGUUUUAGUGCAAGUAGAAGGCAUACUUUUUAUGCAUAGAUCAGGAAACAUUGGUAUAGUGGUUUUGUUGUGUACAUGCUUGUGAAUUAAAUCCAUGUAAACAACUCUGUUAUAGAAGGUCUUUAAGUACAGGACCAAAAUCAGAACGUUUUGCUGAAGAUGUAUAGUUUUUCACAGUUGCAUUAGUUAAAUACUGAUCAAAUGAAUAUAUAAGGAAACUGCACAUGUGCAAAUGGCCUUGCUUAUAACUUGCACAAUGUUGGAAGUAGUUUUUAAGCACCAUUACAGUUUUAAGGGAACACAUUGUUCACCAAAUCUUGAAGUACAGGUCAAGACAAGAAGGCAGCAAAUAUCCUUUCAGGGUAAGAAAUAUUUGUUUGUAAAAUGUUUAUUUUGAUGUUUACAGACGUGUAAGCUUUGGCCUCAACAAAGCAACAUUGGAAUAAAUCAAUGCCAGAUUCUGGUUAUGGUGUUGGUGUACAAAAUAUCCAUGUGUUUUACUUAGUUCUUGAUCCAUAUGUUCAUAAGUCUUGACAUAUUUUGUUAACUGAGUCAAUUCCAGUGUCUAUUGUUUUUUAGAAUUGACAGUAAAUGACAAGGUGCUUAUAAAUACUUAUGUAAAGUACGAAUGAAUUAAACUUUUAUAAAAAAAAAAAAA